UUGUUUUCAGUUGAACUUUUGCAAAGCUGAGGAGAUUUUGGCUGCGAUCACAUCAAGUCCAAAGAUGUUUAAACUUCUUUUUCACAGAAAGAAAUCACACAAACAAAACGUGGCAGAGAAGGAAAUUCCUUCUACGUCUCAUCAGAGCAUCCCGGAUGCUUGUGUUGCUGAAAAUGGUCAAAAGAAGAAGAGAAAAUGGAGACACCUCUGCUGUUCCUCGCAAACUGACAGCGAUGCAGAGGCAGAGAGCAACACUGUGAAGACACAAAAAAAGUGUCGCUGGUUUCUUUUUAAAUUCUGGAAGAAAUUACACAAACAAAACGUGGCAGAGAAGGAAAUUCCUUCUACGUCUCAUCAGAGUGUAGCAUGCGGUGGGAAAAAAAUAGAAAGUCAAACUGGGACUAUAGACUGCUUCGGGUUUCCAAACAUCGGAAACAAACGACCUCACGAUCCAGAAGCUCAGCUCUUAAGAAGGCUUAUUGAUGUCAGGGACUGUCACGAGUCAACAGAUUAUGGCCUUAAAGAUCACCACCUAAGAGCUUUUAAGAAGGCAUUCAGCAGUCAAGCUCCUGAAUACACCGGCAGUGCACAGAAAGACGCUCAUGAAUUCCUAACAUUAUUCCUCGAUGAGGUCAAAAGGCUCACACCUCACCUGGAGAGGAACGCAGCUCUCCUGGGCCAAAGUUAUAGCUGCCCAGUAGAAGACCAUCACAUUUUUAAAAUGGAAAACAUGAGGACAUGCAAGAGCUGCGGUCACCAAUCAUCACAGCAAGAGGAAUUCACCAGCUUGUCUCUAGACUUGUUCAGAGGGGUCUAUAUAAACAUUAGAGACAACUGA